UGCACAGGGUUUCUAAACCCCACCAGGAUUUUGUGCCCUCGUAGGUUUUAUGCGUUUCGUUGUAAUCAGCUCUCUAUCUCAGUUCACGGAUUGUAAAGAACAUCUGAAGCGGCUUAAUCUCUGGACUAUCGAAGGGAAUGAAAUGUUCCUGCUGCGGUGUUCCUGCGUCCUGCUGCUCUGGAUGGCGGACUGUGUCAGCGCCAGACAUCCGAGCUGCCACUUCUGGUUCGACCUGCAGUCAGCGGAGAGCGAGUGUCUGUCUGAACUGGAGGGACGUCUGGAGUCCGGAGGCUGCCCGGGCAUGUGGGACAACUUUUCCUGUUGGCACCAAGCAGAGGUGGGUGAAGUCAUCACCAAUUCCUGUCCAGAGGCUCUGAGAAACCUCUUUGGCCAAGACGGGAACAUCAGCAGGACCUGUACAGCCGAGGGCUGGUCGGACCCGUACCCCAGCAUCCACAGCAUCUGUUUUUCUGAAUCCAAACCCAACAAGGAAGUGUUUUACAUGGUGGUGAAGACGCUGUACACACUGGGACACAGUCUGUCUCUCAUCGCUCUCCUCACCGGCAGUGCCAUCCUGUGUCUUUUCAGGAAGCUCCACUGCACCAGGAACUACAUCCAUCUGAACCUCUUCUUCUCCUUCAUCCUGAGAUCCAUAGCCGUGUUGACCAAGGACGCCAUUUUAUUCUCUCACAGUGAGAACACGCAGUGUGACAAACAGCCGUCACUGAUCGGAUGUAAAGUCAGUCUGGUCAGUUUUCACUAUUUCAUUAUGGCGAAUUUCUUCUGGCUGCUGGUGGAGGGUCUGUACCUUCACACUCUGCUGAUGGUGAUCUUCUUCAAGAAUCAUCACUUCCUCGUCUACCUCUUUAUCGGAUGGGGAUUCCCGACCAUGUUUGUGACAGCGUGGAUCAUUUGUAGGAUUUAUUUGGAGGACACGGGGUGCUGGGAGAGAAAUGAAGCUACGAUUCCGUGGCGAGUGAUCGACUGGCCCGUCAUGGCCUCCGUUAUAAUCAACUUCAUUCUGUUCAUCAGCAUUAUUCAGAUUCUGGUUCAGAAGGUGCGUUGCCCGGACGUAGGGGGAAACGACCAGAGUCAGUACAGGAGGCUGGCGAAGUCGACGCUGCUGUUGAUUCCACUGUUCGGGGUGAAUUACGUGGUGUUUGUGUACAUGAGAGAAGAAAGUCAAAAUGACAUUUUUAAAGACUAUAAAAUAUUCUUUGACCUCGGUCUCGGCUCUUUCCAGGGGCUGGUGGUGGCCAUUUUAUACUGCUUUCUUAACAGUGAGGUCCAGGGUGAGCUAAAGAGGAAGUGGAGGAGUGUGUGUCUGAAGCGUUACAUUGGCCGAGACUACCGGCUGCACAGCUCGUCCAUCUCCAGAAACGGCACAGACAACAUGGCUCUGUUCUUCCGUCACUCGAGAGCUCAGUCCUUCCUACAGACCACUGAAACCACUGUGUGAGCCUGGAAACACACACACACACACACACAC